CCUGCAGCGGCCUCGCACUCCGCCCCUUCACCAUGGCCAAUAACCUGCUUCCGGUGGCCACUGUCUUGCUGACGGUGGUGGUGUCGGCCACGGCUUUCCUGGCUACGCCGCUCAACACCACCGACCCGGACCUGGCUAGCAUCCUGUGUCCUGAGCAGACGACAGAGGUGACGCGAGACCACAAGUGGAUCACACGCGAGGCCAUCCGCCGGAACAUACGUCGGUUCUUCCUGGACAACCCACCACCCUCGCAGCCGGGAUUCACAGUGCCCACGGACGCCAGUCUCAGCCAACUUUACCAUGCAUACUAUGGGGCCUCCGCCUCCCCUGCUCGAUUCAUUAACGCUGUGAACUCUAUCGCAGCCUCUAACGUUCGCGCUGAUUCUGCCAGACAGCUGAGGUACGACCCCGGCAUCCAGGCAGACGGUGAGGCUUUCGGUGACCUGCAGAGUAAGCUGUCCUCUAGAUACCCUCAGCUGCUGACCUCAAUCUUGGUAAACGAAGCAUACUCGGCAGCGCGCUCCCUCCUUGGCCUCUCCCUUCACUCCAUCCAAAAGUUCUAUGCUCACUCCACCUGGAUUGAGACUGGCAACACUGACAUCUUGCCUGAGCUUGGACUCCCAGGCAGUUCGCCACUGGAUGUCGCUGCUCCCGAUGACGAUGUCUGUACACCUUGCCCCAACAGCCAGGGUCAGUGUGUGGGUAACGUGAUCGAUGGGGUGGGCUUGACCACUGGGUUCUACCAGUACACCGACGAAGAUGCCAAAGGAUUCCUCAUUCCCAAGCCUUCCUCAGGUGGGAAAUGCAGUCACGGAGGAGUUCUGGACGAGACUGUGGACCAGCCAGCCCGUGGAGGGAUCAACAAGGACACGGCAUCUCCCUGCUUCUCCCCACACCACCACCUCCACCAGCAGGCAGCAGAGCUUGCCGUACAGGCCACUGACCACUACCUGGAAGUGGUGCUCGAGGCUGUGGGCAACGACAAGUACCGGAGGCUCUUCGACCUUUAUCAGGGGUCGGCGCUCUCCAUCUUGAUUGAUACCACGAGCUCCAUGUCGGGUGAAAUUAAUGCCGUCAGAGAUCAAGUCGCUGAGAUCGUAGCCUCCAUCCCCACGGAACUGUACAUCCUUGUCCCUUACAAUGACCCCAAGGUUGGCCCCGUAACGAAGACCGACAAUCCUGAUGACUUCCUUGAUGCUGUCAACAGCCUGAGACCUCACGGCGGCGACGACAUUCCGGAGAUGUACUGGCAGGGCCUGCAGUUGGCACUCUCCAACACCCCUGACUAUGGCACUAUAUUCAGCUUCACUGACGCAGGAGGCAAGGACGGGAAUAUAAUGGAGAGCGUCAUCUCACUGGCACAGGAGCGCAAUAUUAAGGUGACGGUGGUGUACAGUGGACGUGUCAGUAAAGAGGACACCAAUCUUGCCAGGGAGGAGACAAGUGACGCUCGGCUCAUUACAGACCAAGACGACUAUAAGCGACUGGCUGAUACCACGGGCGGUCUCUUCAUCCCCUCAGGGAAAUUCGAGAUCGACGCCAUCACGCCCAUCCUCGGGGAUAGCGUGAAGAGCGUCGAUGUGGACAUUGCCAUGCUGAAGGACGUGAAGGGAUCCCACCAGCUUGAGGCGCCCAUCGACGACUCUGUGCUGGACAUCACGGUACAGCUGGCUGGCUACAUGACGGACGCCGUGAUCCAGGACGCAACAGGCACGAGCUAUGACCUGCUGGACGACAAGGCACUGAUAGCAGCAGGGGUGGAGGUGGUUACUUCCUCUGAAGCAUUGAGGCUGAUCCGCUUCCCAGAGCCGAGCUUCGGUUCCUGGAUGCUUGACCUUAAUGCAGAUAAGUCCUUCUCCGUGACUGUCAGCGCCAACUCCACCCUCAGUUGGUUGGGAGGCUUCUCCAUCCUUGAUCCCUCCCCGCCUCAUCCCCACUACCGUGCGGUGGAAGGCAAUCCCCUUACAGACACGGUGUAUUACUUGGAUGUCACGUUGAUUGGCUACCUAGAGAGUAACCUUUUAGAUGUCGACGAGGUGGAAUACAUUGAUAAUACCGGAGCGUUGCUUCGAACUAUCACCUACGACGGAGAUAUUGAUGACGAGUUUUACAUCCGGUCAGAGCCUCUCCCAGCGCAGCCUUUCAACGUAAGGCUGUGUGGACACGUUGAGUCAGACAAUAAGUUCUGCCGACUUCUGCCUGUAUUGAUAACUCCCGUCCAGGCGAGUGUGGAGGUGCUGGCCACGUCAGAAGAACUCUCAGCUCGCCCCUCAGAGAGCACCUCUGGGGACUUUCUUAUCAAGAACUUUGGCCUCGAGUCUGAUUUCCAAGUGACGGUCACUGACGAUAUGAAAUAUUUCACUAAAGUCACUCCUUCGACCAUCCACUUGACCUCCAAUGGCUCCGGGGUUGUGACAGCCAGCUUCAGUGUGCCCUCAGACAGCGUGCCGGGCACCGUGAGCACCAUCAUCCUCACGGCUCAGAGUAUCAAGCAAACACAAUCAGUAAACAGCGCCGUGACGCAGCUCGUUGUGGUGCCAGAGACUGUUGACACGGAGGCACCACUGUGCAGCCUGGACUCUGAGCCAGACUGCACCGGCUUCAACAUCAUUGGCAUCUGUAACCAGAAGAACUGGACCACUACCGCCACUUUGCAGGACUCUGCUUCCGGUCUGAGCAAUGCUUAUGCUGUUCCUGAAGGAUUGUGGUCAGAGGUUAACGGGUUGACGCCAAGCACCAAACAUGAAGUAACGCUCAACUACGGCGCCUCCUGCUGCACUUCUCAGGUUGAAAUAAUUGGUGUCGAUACCGUUGGCAACGUGGGCAAGUGCCGCAUUGACAUGGGCGUGUUGGGAGGAGCCAUCGUGGACCUGGAGGCGGAGUCUGUGGGAGUGGACUGGGUGAUGCUGAAGUGGUCCCUCUCCCCAACCACCCUUGAGCUACACAAGUACUCGCUUCUCAUCAACGAGGACAUGGUUUCAGAAUUCCGCUGCACUGAGUCUGUGUGCCACCGCAACGUGACAGACCUGAAGGCGUGCUCCCUCCAGACCUUCCAGCUGACGCCUUACUUCUACGUGGGGGAGAGUGACCGCGUGGGACAGGCUGCCUACACAGACGCCAACACCCUCGACCUGGAGCCUGGAUCUCCUGUCAAUGGCAGACAGAUCAAUUCCACCAGUACCACAGCCAAGGUGACGUGGGACGCUGAAAACACGCAGUGCCUCCACCAGUACCAGGUGUGUUACCGCCCGUAUGGCUUCCCGGGGACUGAGGUGUGUGAGCCUACUAGCGACACAGAGUAUGUGAUGCGAGACAUCGAACCCUGCGCGGUGUACGUUGUCACCGUCAUGUCUGUGUCUCCGUCAGGUCUUCUCAGCGAACCUCUCAAGUUUUACGUGAACACCGAUGAAGCAGAUCCCGAGGCGCCAAGAAAUGUGGAGUUGGAGAAGGCCACUGAGACCACUGUUACUCUGUCCUGGGAUGAUCCGCUCCACCACGUCCAGUGCAUCGACAGGUACAUGAUCACAUACGGGGAGAUUGAGCCUACGUAUCGAGAAGUGCACGUGGACUACACACACAACGUAGCCACCGUGUCUGAACUUCACCCGUGCACUAACUACUCCUUCAUGGUGACCGCUGUGUCCAAGACUGGAAAGAUGGGUCCUGGCGCCCAUAGAACCGCCGAGACAUUGGAAACUGAAGAUCCCAACCCAGUGGACGCACUAGUGGCGGAGGCCAAUGCCACCACUUCCCUGCAGGUCUCGUGGACGACGGACAUGAUCUGUAUAGACCAUUUCGUCGUUUGUUACUACGAACACUCAGUUCCGGAGGAGACGUGUGCUGUGGAGGACAACACUGAGACCAGUCUCCUGGGCUUGCUGCCCUGCACUGAUUACACUGUGGUCGUCACGGCUGUCACACCUUACGGUGUAGAAAGCAACAAGACCACCACUACCGCCUCCACCCUUGAAAUCCGUCCUGGAAAGCCGGAGCAGCUGAAUGUGACGGACCUGACGGCUCACACUGUACAAAUCAGCUUCCAUCCACCCUCGGUGGGUUUCCAGUGCGUCACUGAAUAUGACAUCCAGGGCAUCCAACUAGAGAGUGCACUCAGAGACACGCAGACCAAUACAGCUAAGCUCAUUGAACCCUCUCGUGAAAGUCUUUUUACCGACCUUAUGGCCUGUAGCGACUACGAGAUCCGCGUGCGAUCGGUAACACGGGGCCUCCUCACCAGCGGCUGGGCGUCCGUGGUAGCCACCACACUGGAAGAUACUCCCAGCGCACCACGUAACUUAAAACUACUGGAUACUACACAGACAACUCUGCAUGUUCAGUGGUGGGAGCCCGUGGAUAAUUAUCUAUGCGUUGAGAAAUACGUUGUCAACUGUAUCAAUAAAGGAGGAGCUAAAAAACAGACGUUCACAAUGAGAAAUAAGAAGGGGCUGCGAUCCCCAGUAAGCGACAUGAUCUUACCGAACCUAACUCCAUGCAGCCAAUACGACGUGACCGUAAAGGCCGUCACCCCCAGCGGCCAGGAGAGUGAUAUAGUGUCCCUCUUAGCUGAUACCACGGGCUGCCCUUGAGCUGAUGCAGAAACAAAGAAUAACGCGCCCAUCACAUCAGAGCAUAUGCACCAUAAAAAUAGGAGAUCGGCACUUCUAAACUACAGAGGCAGUUAACCGAGUCUUACACAUUAUUCGAUCAUUUUGAUUACGUAAAUAACGUGUUCUGAAUUUGUAAAAAUAUAGGUGUUGGUUUAAUAAAUAUAGUCAUAAACAUCACA